UAUAAAAAUUUGCAAAAAGAAAAUGAAAAGCUUCAGAAUAAUCUUACUCAAAAUCAAGACAAACAAAUCAGGAAAAUCUCAGAAUUGGAAGACAUCAACAAUUGAACUUGAAAAAAAGGCAAAAAUGCAUAUUGCUGAUUCAUUUCGUGUUACUAUUGAAGAAAAGGAUGAUCUUAUAGAAGUUUUAAAAACUCAGGUUGACAAAGAUAUUAAAGAGUUGAAAAUUGAAAAAAAUCCUCUGGAAGAAGGAAAUUAUGACGAAAUCCAUGAAAAAGUAAAGGAAAAUUUUGACACAGAUCACAAAUUGGACAUGGAUCCUCUUGGUGAUGUUGAAGUAAGUUAGUUAUUGUUUUUGCAACAAAAUACUGUAGCUCUUGAAACUUAAAAAUGAUGUCGUGGUAAUAAUAAUGGAGAAUUGAUAAUAUAGUGAAUGCUGAAUAUUGCAGAAAAUGACAGUCGGCUGUAAUUGGUUGGUUUCAAAUUACGUAAUCAAGCCCAUAAUGCAGUGCAAGAAUCUGUAACAAUAAGUGGCACCCCAACCGUUUUAUACCCUAUGUACACUAAAAACCCUAUUUUAUACCCUAUGUACACUAAAAACAAUUGCUAAAAUUUAGGAUGUCCUAAAACAUCAUGAAAUCCAAAAGGAAGAGAGAAAAUCUCAUCAUUUAGAGUCAGAAUUUACUUCUACAGAGAGAAAAUCGUGAUUUUUGUUGUGAGUACCGUGACUUUUGUAGUAACAACAGAACCAUGCAUCCCCAUGCAGAGAAAAAACUUCAUCUUUUACAUUUAAUAUUGCGAACGGCUAAAUUUAAAUUUUGAUACUAUGUCUUUAAAACACAUUUCUUCGAUAAGUCUUAAAUGUUGUGUACAAAUGUUGUUAAUAAUUCUGUAUUGUGUAAUUGUGUUAUGUGUUAAAUAUAUCUUUAAUAGUUUAUGCAUAUAAGUAUGUAUCUAUCUUGUCUUUAUAUUGUUCAUAAGGACAUACAUACUUUAAAUGAUGUUGAUAAUGUUGAUAUUUUAGCUACAAAUCCUUUACUAAUCACGAGCGAAGAUUAUACGAAGAAAACGAUAUUCAUAUGUA